AUCGGAUAUAAAAGUGUACUUAGCAAGUUUAGCAGCCAUGAUUAAGGCUUAUAAUAAUUAAAGCUUACGUGGCAGUCUAGGGAGCUUCCCUGUUCCGGGAACAAUUCCCCCAAAUUGACUCCCAUAGGAAAACUAUUCGACCUCACUCUCUCUCUCUCUCUCUUCACUGCUCCGCUUUCUCUCAUUGUUCCUAAUUUUACCCCCAAAUCCUCCAAUUAUUACUGAAACGCCACUGCUCUCUCGCCGGGAUUCCGGUGAAGAGGCGGAGAUGGAUGUCGGAGUUUCGUCGGCGAAGUCUAUACUUGCGAAGCCACUGAAGCUACUCACUGAAGAAGACAUUUCUCAGCUCACUCGCGAAGACUGCCGUAAAUUCCUCAAAGACAAAGGAAUGCGAAGGCCUUCGUGGAACAAAUCUCAGGCGAUCCAGCAAGUUUUAUCCCUCAAAGCUCUCUUUGAGCCCGGUGACGAUUCCGGCGCCGGUAUCCUCCGCAAGAUCCACGUUUCUCAGCCGGCAAAUCCGCCUCGCGUUACAACAACUAACGAGCUUGGAGAGUGUGGCCGGAAUCCUUUUCAGGAAGAUGACGGCCCAUGCCACAGAAGGGAUUCUCCAAAAUCAGCUGAGUUUUCCGGCGGUUCUGCUCAGUAUGCAGCGGAGAAAGAUACCUGCAGAAGCCCAGCUGAAACGAGUGCGCUGGUUGGGCAAAUGGCGAUUUUCUAUAGUGGCAAAGUGAAUGUGUAUGAUGGAGUACCACCUGAAAAGGCCCGGUCAAUUAUGCACUUUGCAGCCAAUCCAAUUGAUUUGCCUGAAAAUGGUAUUUUUGCUUCGAGUAGAAUGAUUUCAAAGCGCAUAAGUAAAGAGAAGAUGGUGGAACUUCCCCAAAAUGGCCUUGAGAAGGCGAAUUUUUCUCGUGAUUCUGAUAUGGAGGGUCAGGCGAACAGAAAGGUGUCUUUGCAAAGAUAUCGUGAGAAGCGGAAAGACAGAAAAUUCUCAAAGGCUAAAAAGUGUCCAGGAGUUGCGUCCUCUAGCUUGGAGAUGUUUCUGAAUCGUCAGCCACGGAUGAACGCUGCAUAUUCACAAAACCUUGGCUGCACAGGAUCUCCACUGCAAAGCGAGUCACCUGAAAACCAGACAAAAAGUCCCAAUCUUUCAGUUGAUCUAAACAGUGAAGGUAAGAAGAGAAUCAUAUGGAGAGCUUUGUUAAAAUAGUUUGGAUGAUUUCCCUCAUAACUCCCCCCGGUUGGU